AGUUAGUGAUCAACAAGUAGUUUGAGCUAAUAUUAUUACACACAAUGUUUAAAAUUUGCUUCUUUAGCUAAUAUAACUUAAGUCUAAAAGCUAGGCCAGGGAAUGUAAACUAAUAUAUAGCAGAUUUAUAAUCAGUAUCGUAAAUUAUUUUGAAAGUGCAACCGGAAACUGUAUUAAUGACGUUCCUCCUGGACGUUCUGACGCUCCGUACGGUUUUACGUCAACGUAAGGGAUCUAUGACAAAAGCGAGCCGUGAGGUAGUGGUCCCCGAAACAUGUCUGUUAUCCCCUGGGUUGACACGCCGAACAAGACCGGGGAUGGGAAUCUCCCUGCCGCUUAAACCAGCGAUUUACUUCACUGCGGCGAGUCAGCUGGAGCGUUGAAACAAACAGAGGCAACCGGGCUCUUUAUUUAUUCAAGAGAAGAUGGCGGAGUUCUCGCCCGUCCUGCCGAUGCGGGAUGGAGGAGGACGAUUUGGCCAGCCCAUCUUCCCUCGGUCCAGGUCCGGUUCCGAGUCAGAAAGCGAACUGUCCCAAAGCUUGGCCCGGACCAAGAUCCGCUCGUACGGUAGCACGGCCAGUGUCACAGCCUCUCUGGGGGAGAAGUACAUAGAGCAUCGGGUUACAGACAGUGAUACCUUGCAAGGGAUUGCUCUCAAAUACGGUGUUACGAUGGAGCAAAUCAAGAGAGCCAACAAGCUGUUCAGCAACGACUGCAUCUUCUUGAGGAACAGCCUCAACAUCCCCGUGGUGUCAGAGAAGCGCUCCAUAUUUAAUGGACUGUCUCUGGAGUCCCCCGACGGGGACGGUGAAGCAGCAUGCCAGGAGGUAGACGCACCUUGUAUUGUGACGCAGGAUGUUGAGGGACCCUCGCCUGCACCUUCCCCGCCCCCCGAGGACUCCAAACCGCCCCAGCCUCAGCCAGAGGAGCUGUCAGCCAAAGACUUCUUACACAGACUGGACUUGCAAAUCAAACAGUCAAAGCAGGCUGCACGCAGGCUGAAAGAAGAGGAAGUAAGGAGCAAUGAGGAAAGCUACACGGCCCCCACAACGUCAUACCAGGAGAUAUAAAAGACCAGUCUGUUUACCUGAAGCCCAGUCUUGGACGCACACACACACACACACACACACUCAUAAACAAACACUACCACAACUUUCUUGCUUCUUUUCCUUUUUUUCUUUACCUUUUUGCUUUUACCAAACCAUGUUGAACAAAAGUGUCAUGUUUGCCUUUUAUUUAUUGAUAUGCAAUUAUUAUGAUGUAUUUGAUUGUUAUCGUUUUGUACAGCUUUAUUGGGAGACUUAACAGCGCAAAGGGGCAUCUGAUAUUAAUAGCCUCAGAGCACAUGUGCCCAUCCAUUCAUCUUAUGCUUCUGAGGCUGCUGUACAGAACCCACCUGCUGCAUAUGUACACACACACACACACACACACACACACACACACACACACACACACACACACACACACACACACACACACACACACACACACACACAGUGCUAAGCAAUUCCAGAAGGAUUAGCUUGUUAGACUUGCUAACCGCUUCUGAUGUGCUCAAUCCCCUCCUAGAAUAGCAUCAUUGGGAAGCAUAUUCAGGCCUUCCUCAUCAGUGUUUACCCUGUAUGAGCACACCCCCAAACAGAGGCGGUGGAUGGACUCAAGCCUUUGCUCCAUUUGCCUCAUAGAAGCUUUUUUUUUUUUCUUUGGGAACUGAAGGGACUGCUCUAUUUUUUUUGAAGUGUGAAUGCAUUAUUUAUGUGUGUGGAGAACUGUCUGUAACGGCUGUUUUGUUGUGCUUUUAAAUUCUAUUUGGUUUUAUUUGGGGAGAAUAAAUACGUAUUUAAACCAGA